AUGAACAACCAAUACAUGCUGGGAGCUAACAAUCUGGAAAGCAGCUUUGCAGAAAUGGUCCUGCAGGUCCUGGUGGACACUAGGUUGAACAUGAGCCAGCACUGUGCCCUUGCAGCAAAGGAUAUUAAUGGUGUCCUGGGCUGCAAUGGGACAAGUGUCACCAGCAGGUUGAAGGAGGUACUUUCUUUUUCAGCUAAUCUGCCUGUACCUACUAUUGCUGCAAUAGAUGGAGCUGCAUUAGGUGGUGGCCUAGAACUUGCAUUAGCCUGUGAUAUAAGAGUGGCAGCCUCUUCUGCUAAAAUGGGUCUAGUUGAAACAAAGUUGGCAAUCAUUCCAGGUGCAGGGGGAACACAGAGAUUACCUCGCACAAUUGGAGUGUCUUUGGCAAAAGAACUAAUCUUCUCUGCGCGUAUUGUAGAUGGUGAGGAAGCAAAAUCAAUAGGAUUGAUUAGCCAUGUGGUAGAACAGAAUGAAGCAGGGGAUGCUGCAUACAGAAGAGCAUUAGCUCUGGCAAAAGAAUUUUUACCUCAGGGACCAGUAGCAAUGAGAGUUGCAAAACUGGCCAUCAAUCAGGGAAUGGAGGUCGACUUAGUAACAGGUUUAGCAAUUGAAGAAGCUUGUUACGCUCAGACUAUUCCAACAAAAGAUAGAAUUGAAGGCCUUCUUGCAUUUAAGGAGAAGAGACCUCCUCGCUACAAGGGAGAAUAAAAGAAGCUGAUGCCUUUAAAAUACAGUGAGAUAAAAGUACUGCUGUGAGGACCAUUAAGGUGCACCUGCAUCUGCACCUGGAGUAUCACAACCACCAAAGUAAAAUCCAACCAUACUGAUGUUACAACAUACAUGAAUGUGUCCAUACUUGUACUGGGCCCGGCCAGAAAUGUGUGUCAGCUCAUGCUCAUUACCAUUUCUGAAGGCUGAUAUGUGUAUUUGCAAGGUCACAGGUUCAUGCAGCAUUCUUAAAAUUUCACAUGUAUGAAACUUACCAUUCCACAAUUGAAAUAGCUCUGUAAAUUCUUUAUAUAUACAAAACCUGUAUGUGAUGUGAAGUAUAAAUCUGCUGUAUCAUUUUAUCAAAACAAAAGCGACUACUGAAUACCAAAAGUAAGAAAUUGUGCCAAAUAUGCAUUGGAAUGAUUCUGUAUGUCAGUAAAAAUUAUAUUUGCGUAUUCUACCUGAAUAUGUACGUUAUAAAUAAAGCUAAGGGAAAUGAAAAGGAUUAUUGCUUGGAAAAUGUUAAGCUUAUUUAUCUGACUUACAUUAUUCUAGUAAAACGAAGUUAAUUUUAGCACGUAAUGGUGUCCUUUGGAUGAUGUCAUUGCCAUUAUGUUAAUUCAACUGUAUUAAAUGAAGACAUUUUCAAGGCCAGCCUUUAAUUAUGCAUUCUUGUAUGUUAAACCUGGCUUUGUCUUGCAUUCUUCCAGCGUACCAUCUGAUCAGCACUGUCUGCUGUAAAGAAACUUGUAUUCCACUUGCCCCAGAUAUUUUAGUUUUUUUAUGAUUGUAUUAAAGAUUGUUGUGCAGGGAUGUGACUAAUGUGCUGUUAAAGAAACUAGAAUUCUCUUCUUCUCCAGAAUAUUCCUUCUGGAGGUCCUAAUAAUGUAUAUUUAUAUAUAAUGGGGAUGAUACUGAAAUGUUCUUUAUUCUGUGGCAGCCUCAGGGUUCUUUUCGUAUGCUGAAAGAGAAAUCCAGUAGGUUACAAGGUGGGAAAACUGUUGUGAUUCUUACUGUAUGUUCACUGUGGACAUGGCAUAUACAGCAAAUGCCUGGAAAUAACCUUUUAGAAAGUAUUUUUGUUAACUUGACUGGAAAAUAAACAUGGCUUAGCAGUCAAA